GUGCAAACAAGAAAAUAGAAUAGCAAGUCAGCUAUACAGCCCAAUCUGUGUUGUAGAAACGUUUCUCUUCUGCCUGGCUUGCUUACUUAAAAAGUUAGCUGGCUAACGUUAGGUAGCUGGCUAGCUAGGCUAAUAGCCCCGCUACAUUGCUUUGCCAGUCAAGUUAUUGUUACCAGCUACAUCUUAUGACCUCUGUUCAUAAUGAGUAAUUACAGAUGGAUAUCGGAACAAACCGCACUGACUUCUACAUUGGCCUCUCUCUUGCCAUGAGCUCGAGCAUCUUCAUUGGAGGAAGCUUCAUCCUUAAGAAGAAAGGUCUUUUGCGAUUGUCCAGCAAGGGGUUUAUGCGAGCAGGUCAGGGGGGAUAUGCUUACCUCAAGGAAUGGCUAUGGUGGGCAGGACUAAUAUCAAUGGGAGCUGGGGAAGCAGCUAACUUUGCCGCUUACGCUUUUGCCCCUGCCACAUUGGUAACACCACUGGGAGCAAUGAGUGUUCUUGUGAGUGCUGUGCUGUCCUCAUACUUCCUGAAUGAGCGGUUGAAUGUUCACGGGAAGAUGGGCUGCUUGCUGUGCAUCCUGGGUUCCACUGUCAUGGUCAUCCAUGCCCCUCAGGAGGAGGAGGUGGCCUCCCUUACUGCCAUGGCUGAGAAGCUCCAAGACCCAGGAUUCAUAGUGUUCGCCGUGUCUGUCGUGGCGAGCAGCUUGAUCCUCAUCUUCCUGGUCGCCCCGCGCUACGGCCAGAAAAACGUGCUGGUUUACAUCCUGAUCUGCUCCGUGAUUGGCUCCCUGUCAGUGUCCUGCGUCAAGGGCCUGGGCAUCGGCAUUAAGGAGCUGUUCGCUGGCACUGCUGUCCUAAAGGAACCCCUGUUCUGGUGUCUACUCAUCUGCCUGGUGAUCUGCGUCAGCAUCCAGAUCAGCUAUCUCAAUAAAGCCUUGGACAUUUACAACACGUCCAUUGUCACGCCCAUCUAUUACGUGUUCUUCACCACCUCUGUAAUGGCAUGUUCAGCUAUCCUCUUCAAGGAGUGGCUGAGCAUGAGCACGGACGGAGCUGUGGGGACAGUCAGUGGGUUCCUCACAAUUAUCUUGGGUAUCUUCCUCCUUCAUGCGUUUAAAGAUCUCACAUUCAGUUGGGACUCGCUGCCACUGUACCUGAGGAAGGGACCCCAUGGAUCCCCUUGGGGCCAGCAGGCCUACGUGGCCCUGCCCAGCCAGGAGAGCCAGGCAGAGGGGCCAGUGGAGGGGAAGCUGGCCAGAGAGGGGAACUCAAAGGGCAGCUACUCACCAGAGGGCUCAAUGAGGAGGAACAAUAGCUUUGUCACCACUUAGCACUUGGGAUCAAUUUAGUUUUUAAUUCAGCAUGAUUGAAGCUCAAUUCAUGACUCUGAAAACAAUGGGCAAUUUUGAAUUCCUUAAUUGAAAUUUCAGCUAAUUUCCUGAAUCAAAAACUGAAUUGACUCCAACCCUAUUUAGCACGAAGGCCAAAUGUUUAGAGAUCAAUUUCCCAAUGCCAGUUUUACAUUUCUGUUUAUUUGAUAUUUAACCACCUGCGUAGACAAGUGGAAAACAUGUUUACUAAAUAUUGUCUUACAAUGCAAUAGCCACUGUAAGGAUAGUUUGCCUAUUAUCAUGCACUGCAAUCCAGUGAGCACAUUGCAUUUCUAUACUGGCAAAUGUACAGUAUGUCUAGAGAUUAGCAAAGUCCAACAGAAUUUUAUUUUACUUCAUGGUACACCUAAACCAUUCAACUGGUUGAAAGUAUUAGUCCUACAGGUUUCCCCUUAAUCCGAAAGGUUUCUACUGUAUAAAAAAAGCUGGUGUACAUACACUUAAUAUCUAAUCAUGGACAGUGAUAAUUGAAUGUAUUGAUUUUAGUUCAGAUCCACUAGUUUUGAUAUGAACCGACUAGUGCCUUCUGUUUUUUACUGACUGAACUGUAACUUAUUGAUGUCUUAUUCCUUUGUUUUAAUGUUACUUUCAAAAUGCAAGACCUACUGUGAGUCAAGGUAAUGCAGCUUUUACCUUUUGUGUACUUGCUUCAAUCAUCUCUUUCAAAGUUAGUGAUUGUUCAAUAUUCACAAUCUGAGUGUGAAGUUACUGUAAUGUAAUACCUCAAUUGAAUUUAUUGAUCAUGUAUAUGAACAUCAGUAUUAACUGAGGCACUUUCCUUGAAAUAGCCUCUUUUGAAACACAUUCCUACUACUGCACGUGCCAAACUUAAUGUAUUUCUUAAUAAUUGAUUCAUAACAUACUGCUCAUUCUUUUAGUAUGUGAAUAAACAAUUACCUUUUAUACA